GAUAGCAAUAGACCUCGGGAGUGUAUGAAGCCGACUGUUAACUUAAGGCUCAGUUUGCCACAUAAAGUCAGUCUACGUUAGGUAACGAUGAGUACAUCGGAGUCCUUGGAUCGAAUGGAACUCUGUGAAAGCCUCUUGACAUGGAUCCAGACAUUUGGAGUGGAGGCUCCAUGCAAGACAGUAGAAGACUUGACGAGUGGUGUCGUCAUGGCCCAAGCUCUACAGAAGAUAGAUGUAGUGUAUUUCAGUGACACUUGGAUUAGUAGAAUCAAGCCAGAGGUCGGGGACAACUGGAGGUUAAAGGUCAGCAAUCUAAAGAAAAUUCUGAAAGGCAUCCUGGACUAUAACCAGGAGGUCUUAGGCCAGCACAUUAAUGACUUCACACUACCAGACGUUAACCUCAUUGGAGAACACUCUGAUGCAGCAGAGCUUGGGAGGAUGCUACAACUUAUACUGGGCUGUGCUGUCAACUGUGAACAGAAACAAGAAUACAUCCAGACCAUAAUGAUGAUGGAGGAGUCAGUGCAGCAUGUUGUCAUGACAGCCAUCCAAGAGCUGAUGAGUAAAGAGACUCCAGUGACGGGAGGAAAUGACUCGUAUGUGGAUCUAGACAGACAGCUGAAAAAGACAGUCGAGGAGCUGAAUGAUGCUUUGGCUACUAAAGAAGAGAUUGCCCAGAGGUGCCGUGAGCUUGACAUGCAGGUGGCAGCCCUGCAAGAGGAGAAGAGCAGUUUGUUAGCAGAAAACCAGGUCCUGAUGGAGAGACUCAACCAGUCUGACUCCAUAGAGGAUAUAAACAGCCCGGCUGGACGCAGACACCUCCAGCUGCAGACACAACUGGAGCAACUACAGGAAGAAACAUUCAGGUUGGAGGCAGCAAAAGAUGAUUACCGGAUCCGUUGUGAGGAGCUUGAAAAAGAACUUUUAGAUGUAAAGUCACAGAAUGAAGAGCUUGUGUCACUGGCUGAUGAAGCCCAGUCUCUCAAGGAUGAAAUGGAUGUCCUCAGGCAUUCAUCAGACAAAGUGUCAAAGCUGGAGGGCACAGUGGAACACUACAAGAAGAAACUGGAGGACAUGGGACUGCUCAGGAGACAGAAUAAACUCAUGGAAGAGAAGAACACAGUGUUAAUGCAGACCAACGUCAGUUUGGAAGAAGAGCUACGAAAGGCAAAUGCUACCAAGGGCCAGCUGGAGACAUACAAGAGACAGGUGGUUGAACUUCAGAACAGACUGUCAGAAGAGUCGAAAAAGGCUGACAAGAUGGAGUUUGAGUACAAACGUCUCAAAGAGAAAGUGGACUCCCUACAAAAAGAAAAAGAUCGUAUGCGGACGGAGAGAGACUCGCUGAAGGAGACUAUUGAAGAGCUGCAUUGUGUCCAGGCUCAAGAGGGACAGCUUACAUCAGGUCUGUUCCCAUUGGUCAGCAACGAUGGCUCAGAUUCGCUGGCUGCUGAGAUCACCACCCCAGAGAUUCGAGAACAUUUGAUUCGUCUUCAGCAUGAGAACAAGAUGCUAAAGCUGGCCCAGGAGGGAUCCGACAAUGAGAAGAUUGCACUGUUGCAGAGUUUACUCGAGGAUGCCAACAGAAGGAAAAAUGAACUGGAGACAGAGAACAGGUUAAUCAAUCAGCGCUUGAUGGAGGAACAGAGUCAGGUAGAGGAGCUACAGAAGACUCUUCAAGAACAGGGCUCCAAAGCAGACGAUUCUUCCAUUCUGAAGAAGAAAUAUGAGGAGCACAUGGAGAAAGUACAGGAAUUGAACAAUGAGUUAUUGAAGAAAAACACCUUCAUUGAUGAAAUGGAGCCUAAGUACAAUGCCAGCGCCCAACGAGUGGAGGAGCUGGAAGAGGCCUUGAAAAAGAAAGAUGAAGACAUGAAACAGAUGGAGGAGAGAUAUAAGAAGUACCUGGAAAAAGCCAAGAGUGUGAUCCGGACCCUGGACCCCAAGCAGAACCAGGGUUCGGGUCCAGAGGUCCAGGCCCUGAAGAACCAGCUGCAGGAGAAAGAGAGGAUGUUGCACUCACUGGAGAAAGAGAUGGACAAGACAAAGAGCCAGAGAGAUUACGAGGAGAAACUUAUUGUGUCAGCCUGGUACAAUAUGGGUAUGUCCCUUCAAAAGAAGGCGGCUGAAGACAGACUUGCCAACACUGGUUCUGGUCAGUCCUUCCUGGCCCGGCAGAGACAAGCCACCAGCACACGCCGCUCCUAUCCAGGCCACGUCCAGCCAGCUACCGCAAGAUCCAUGAGGUAGAGAUGCCAGGCAAGGCUUCCCAAAUCUUGCACCACUUUUUUGCCUGACUAAGCAUAUUUUACCCUGACUCCUGUGAUGCCAGGCUUCUACCUUUUCCAUCCCCCAGCAUAUUUAAUAGGGUCUGACUAAUCACUCCAAAACAGCCUCUCUUCCUCCCUUUCAACCACUGACCUUCCUCAACCUAUACUCUGUGGCAAAAUGUUUCUAGACAGGUAAUCUGGACCCCAAGGCUGAGAAGGCUCGCAUCAUCUUUGACAAGUUAUUGUCAUCUUUGUUCAGAGGAUCCGCUCUACCUGUUCAUGCAGUAUUUUACGCACAUCUCUACCUGUGAUAGCGUUUGAGAUUCGUCUUGUGUUUGGACUGGAGUUCUGUCCUGCGUUAUCUGUUUUAACUCUUUAAGAUGUAGCUUUAAGAAGGUUAACAGCAACUUUCAGUUCCGUGUGUUAAUGUUUCACUUGUUUUAUUCAAAUGAAGAUAUUUUCAGAGAGUUGCUCCUUUGCUUUGUCAUUGUGUUACAGAGCAACAAAUACAUUGAGGCAUAGGAAGAUGUAUAAUCAUCAUAUGUAAAUGUUCCAUUUGCUUGCUGCUCUGAGUGAUUUCUAACAGGACUACAUGUUCUAAAAAAAAAAACAAACACAGGUAACUGUUGUCUGGUAACGGUGCAGCAAUAAGUGUGAGAGGUCAUUUUUCUUCCAAAGGAAAAAAAAAAAGUUGUGUCAGAAGAUGCAGUCCAUCACUGUAUAGAGAUCAGUGUGCUACAUAAUAGUCUCUACCUGUUUUUAUCAUGUAUCAUCAUGAGCCAGUGUCGAACAAAGCGAGAAGUGCAUCAGUUCGCAUGGUUUUAGCUUUACCAGCAUUUACCAGGUUGUCUCAGACAACACCUCAUGUGCCAUAGUGUUAAAUUUAAAUGUAUGUACCACAGUUUUUGGUUAAUAUUAUCCUUGAUACACUGCAGGCUUUCCUUCUCACAUAGGAUGAAAUGUGUUGAAGGAAAACCCAGUUGUGAGGUGCAGUAGUUACUGAGUUUUGGAUCCUGGGACUGUUGGACUGAAACAGGAUUUAGUUUGUAGAUCGCCUUUAAUGCCAAUAAGUCAGCAAAGAGAAGGCAUUUAUUCAGUGCGGCACACCGAAGAGGACUUACUUUCCAUAACAUUUUAGAAUUAUUUGAUUUCUUUCAUAGUAGAAAAGGUUUUUCAAAGUGUGUUAAAAGGUGUUAAGGUGUAAAAAGGAAUCUUGAAUAUGUAUACUUGUUGCAGCUGCUCCCAUCCUUUCUUUAACCUGUCUUUUGCUCCAUUCUCUUUACAUUGUCAUUGUUUUCAAGGCACAUCAUGGACGAUCUCUUGUUAACAUGAUGAACGUCUGAAAUCAACCCUGUUAAUUUGCUGUGUAUCUGUUUAGGCCAGGGCCAGAAGUUUAGGCUAACAAGCCUUGUCAUCUAACCGUUAUCUCUCUCUCUCUCUUUCUCCUCCUUCAACAGCAAUGUCACUGCAUGACUGGCACACCAGUGAACUGGCCAAGCCUGGUGUGGCUGGGCUAGGCUGAGGCACUCGAUGCAUGAACUACCUGCCUGCCUACUGUUUGCAUGACUUUGCGUUGGCUCGAGCCUGCGAAUAACCAGCACACCCAGCAGCAGCAUGAGCACUAACAACCCUCUGCAGUGUCAUGCAUUGUAACCUCCAGACAAGCCUGAGGAGAGAUGCGGUUGGAAAAAAGAAAACCCUCACCCUUCUUCCCCCAAUUAAAUGCCUUUCCACCCUUCCAGCUCCUUACUCCUUUUGUUCCUCUGCUCUUUGUUAUCGUCUCUCCAUCUCCUCUCCUCUAAUCCCUGUACUUACUCUUCAUGGUCACGCCUGCUUGUGCUUCCACACCGCAUCAAUUCUGUUACUAUUCAACCGACAGUUAUGUUACAAACACCUUGGACAGGGGCAGAAUAUCGCAGUAUAGUCUUGAUAAUCAACAAAUUGAUUUCAUAGGCCUUUUCUGUAAGUGCUUGUGUGUGACUUGACGUUCGCUAGCUGCUUCAGGAUACCUCAAUGACAUAUUUCCACGUAUCUGUUUUUAUUUACAUGGUUGGAGGACCGUUGGCAUCAGUAAGAGAGAAAUAUUUGAGAGGUAUAGCCUGUUUAACAAAAAAGAAGCCGGCAACCCCUUUUAACUUCUAAGUGUGUAUCUCCUGCAGUGGUUCUGCCCAGCCUCUCCUCAGCAUGUUGCCAGGUGGCAUCUUAGAAGUGCUUUUACCGCAAGUAUUAGUGAGUACAACAAGUAAAGGAGAGCUUAUGGGGCAUUACACAGUUGCCCCAUAGGCUUUUGAACAGUUUGCAGUAGGAGCAUAGGAUGGCAAAAUAAGUGUUGUAAAUGAAUAACAUUGUUACAGAUAUGCUUUUAUACAGGAUAAAAGCCCCCAUUAAGCCUACUUGCAAUUUUCCUUUAGAUGUAAUGUCAGUGCAGUAGUAUUAUUUCUCCUUUAAAUGCACAUUUAAUACACAUUAUAUAGUGUUUCUGGUGUUGGCUAUAUUGCAGCUGACUACUAUGUUGUCUGUGUUAUUUGUCUAGUAGCAAAUGAGUGCAUUUUGUCACACCUUAAUACACCUUAUGUUAAAAAUGAAUGCUAAUUUGAUAGAAAUAAAAUAUCAGAUUGUUCCAGAAAUAAGAAUACGAAACUGUACAUUAGCUCAUGUAGGCUAAUGUAUAAUACAUUCACUUAGCUGGAUUGAAAGGGCUGAUUAGUUAAAAGAUGUGGAAAGGGAAAACAGUCGCGACAAUUUUAAAAGAAAAGUUUUGGCAUUAAUUGUUAAUAGAGGAAGGUGACUGCAUAAUCAUGCAAUGGUAACCGCACUGCAAAAGACAUGAGAUAUAUUAGGCACAAAUAAUAGCAUAAGUAAUUUUAUGUUUCGGUAAGUCUUACUGUACAUUUUUUGUGGUUUCUAUUUAAAACCUGUCUUUAAAUGUUAUUUCCAGAUCAUUUGUUCAUGAAAAAAGGUUCAUGAAAGACUCAGAAUAAACACCUGGACCUGGGGAUAUAUGCACGUUAUUGGCAUAAAUGCAUACAUUUAUUUUAAAUGAGAGAGGUGGUUGAAUGCUCCAAUUUCGUGCCUUUGUUUAAAAUGUGAUAUUUUAAAUAAAAAAGACUCUCUGGUCUUCAUAGGUCUAAAGGCACAUUUAGACUUUUAAAGACCAGUUUUACUGUUAUUUCAAAAGAGAAAAAAAUAUGUCAGAUGGCCUCACAUCUCAUGCUCAUGAUGAAUUUCUUGACUUGUGUUGUUCAGAUUAAGUAGGCUUAAUGAGGGCUUUUUCUUCUCUGUUUUUAACCUAUUUUACUCAUAAUUGUUAUAUUGUGUAACCUUGGUUUAAUUCAUGCCGUGCAUUUUUAUCUCAAUUGCUUAUUUAUUCUUUUGCUGCUUGUACAGCAGUGUUGUUACAUUUUUUAUAGUAUCAUUAUAUCACCACUAAUACUGUUACAAUGGAUGUGAAGUUUCCAUGCGGCAUCAAAAUACUGUUAAAUACUUGUCUUAUGCAACAAAAGGAGCAGAGAGCUUGUAAUAGUGUAGUGUUUGUCUCCAUCCAAUGAAACUGACACAAAUGUUGUUAUACUAACAUGCAGUGUCGGCUCAGAUCAGUGUAGACUGGAGAAAACAGGUUCUAUUUACCUCCAGUCCUUUCAGGAAGAGAAGUUUCUUAGAAACUUUUCGUGUUUGAAAAUGAAUGUUUCCUCAUCAACAACAAAAAAAAAAAGCACAUUUAGCAUUUUAUUCACUGAAUUGUUAGUGAAUUUACUGUGACCCUAUAAAUCAUCAUCAUUUUACAGUGUUUUAAGUGACAGCAACAAAGACCGGGGCCUUGUUUGGGGUUCAUUAGCUGUUGUGGAUGCAUGUGUAACUGCAUUAAAAUGAUGUUAGCACAGAUGUUUGGGAAAGUAUCUUGAUUAAACAAGGGGAAAUUAGAUUUCAUAUUUGGCCAUCAAGUAAAUUUGUGUGAGUAAUCAAGCAACAUUUUAAGUAUAAAUUCAUUUGCAAAGGUAAGAAGUGACAUGCUUUGUCUAAAUCUAUACUUUUUUCCUGUGUGUUUUGUAAACCACUUGCCAUUAACAUCUACAGUUUGAGCUGUAAGUUGAAUAAUUUUAACCGUCCAUCUCCACAAGUCACUGCUUUGGUAAGAAAUCUGUAUAUAAUGGAACAAAUUCACUUUAUGGUUUACCUGUUUAAAUUUUUAUCAGGGAUGGUAGGGAAGCAUUUUUUGUUAUUUAAAUAUCUCCCUGAAGAGAAAUCAGAUUGUGUUAUCUAUCCCUUGUUAUCCACCCUCAAGUCAGCCACUGUAUUUUGUUGCUCUUAUGUGUUUGUGUAUAUUCUUAAUAAUACCUUGAUGCAAAUAAUGAGAUAGUGGGGCAAAGAUUAUCACACAGGAAUUGCAGUAAUACAACCAGAGAAACUAGAGUCAAAAGCCAGCCAGUUUGGGCCAUUUCCAGACCUUAUUAAUGCCAAUUUCUUCUCAGUAGAGAAGUACAGAAUAACACCUUGAUGUACUAUUCAAGCUAUAAUGCAACAUAUUUCCUUAUUAUUUGUAUUUGAGAACAAAAUACUACAUUAGGAUUGGUAUGUUCAAAACUCAAUCAUAAUGUGGUGUAUCACUAAGCUAAAUUGAGUACCCAGUAUUUCCUAGUGUUACUUGACUGCUAACUGCACUGUGGGCCAGUCAGACGUGUAUUAGAGAGAUGAAACAAACAACACGAGGCUGUUAACAGGUCAGAAUCUUAUCACAAUGCGUGCAGUGUUUGCCGUAUUUUUUUACUCAUUGGAAAUCUUUUCUUUACAUAAUGAAGUAGCAAAUAACCUUCCAUUUGCCAAGUUUUAUAUUGCUCUUAUACAAACACACUAUGUACAUACUUUAUGUGACAGUGGUAGACGAAGUGUCUGGCCAUUUGAGAAUGAGAAAAUAAACUCAUGUCUAGGUAGAUGGAUUUCAUAUAGCAUCUGUCCGACGAGGACCUAUUGAUGUGCUUCCUACACUGCAAAACUUGGAAAUGACAUUGUAAAUAAAGCUUGUAUAAAACAG